AUGGCGCGGGGUGAAAAAAGUGAGGACAGGGAAGCUUUCAGAGCUCUGUUGUUCCAGAAGGCGGAACGCGAUCAAAAAUCCCGGGCGGUCAUCGGCGGUUCUGCCGCUCCACAAACAACUUUCGACAGGCGCGACAACACAGCAUCUCAUCUUUCUUUGAUGUGGACGAUGGCAUAUUGA